AUGGAAACGCAGUCGAAUCCGCGCGCGAAAGCCAGUAAAGUGAGAAUAUUCGUUGUCGUCACCCUCGCCGUUACAUUGUGCUAUCCAGCUCUCAUCGAUACGGCGGUGGUCCGUUCGGAGAAACAGUUACAACGGCUACUGCUGCGAGACUUUACGAACGUCAGGAGUCCACGAGCUACAGAAGAUAGUGAUGAGGAAAACGCAUCGAAACGAAUUUGUCAUAAUGCGCCUUGUGGAUGGGCGGUUUACAAUCCGUAUACGCGUAACAUUGAAUAUUUCAUGAGAAACACUUGUGAAUGCUCCGAUGAAAGCUAUAAGUGCGUGCGCGUUGGAGAUGACCUCUCCGCGAGUGCGUAUGUCUACCGUUGCCGCCAAAAUACGACAGCCGAGGACAUCGAGUCUCCUGAUGACACCCUCUGAGACGAGGUCGACAUUCUCUCGUCAUCGAUAUACCUACUUGUGUCACACCAAUCACGCCAAAUCAGCAGUU